AUGUUCGGUUUUCAAACUCUCUCAUAUCUUCAUGACAUAACAGUCGUCCGUUCAUCAACUAAUAAACUUCACGAGAUGUAUGCCAAAGCUAAAGAUACAAGUGUACUCAUUCGUCUUCCAUGCAAUUUAGCUGAAACAGUUGCUAAUAAAUCAUUGAAAAUCACUCUUACAGUUGCUGAUCCCCUUGUCAAACCAUUAUAUGGAUUUAUGCAUCAAAUUGAUGAUUAUGCUUCCGAAAAACUUCGUCAAAUUGAAUCUAAAUAUCCUGCUAUCAAUACACCAACUGAAGAGGUUAUGAAUACAUUCAACGAAAAAACUGAAUCUGUUCGUCAUGUAAUGAAUUCAGUUAAAGAUACAACUACAUCAACAAUUCAACAUGGCACAGAGACUGUUUUUCAUGUAGCAACAGCCACAGUACAUAAGGCAUCUGAUUCUGUCUUCUGA